AGCUCUCUUGGACUUUCUCACUUCCAGUCCGUGACCAGCUCAGCUGAAUUGAUGCAGCCCUCCUGGCUGGACACUCACACCACACUUCUGAAAACACUUCAAGCUGUGUUGGCUAUUUAAACUGCUUGGAGUUUCAACCUGCUGACAAAGGAGGAAGACCAAGAGGACCAUGACAAGCCUGAAGUACAUGUCAGGAUUUGGAAACGAGCAUGCUUCUGAGGACCCACGCUGUCCAGGAGCUCUACCAGAGGGACAGAACAACCCACAGGUCUGCCCCUACGGCCUCUACGCGGAGCAGCUCUCGGGCUCAGCCUUCACCUGUCCCCGGGCCACCAACAGGAGGAGCUGGCUCUAUCGGAUCCUGCCCUCUGUCUGCCACAAGCCCUUCCAGCCUCUGCACGAGGGCCAUCUGACACACAACUGGGAUGAGACAGAGCCUGACCCCAACCAGAUGAGAUGGAAGCCCUUUGAAAUACCGAAAGCCUCCCAGAACAAGCUGGACUUCGUGAGCGGUCUGCACACUCUGUGUGGCGCUGGAGAGCCACGAGGACGCAACGGCAUCGCCAUCCACAUCUUCGUCUGCAACACCUCCAUGCUUGACAGAUGCCUUUAUAAUUCAGAUGGUGACUUCCUGAUUGUGCCCCAGCAAGGAAAACUGCUCAUCACAACUGAGUUUGGGAAGAUGCUAGUGGAGCCCAAUGAAAUCUGUGUUAUCCAGCAAGGAAUGCGUUUUAGUGUGGAGGUGUUUGGAGAGACCAGAGGCUACGUCCUGGAGGUGUAUGGGGCACACUUUGAGCUACCUGACCUGGGACCCAUUGGAGCCAAUGGCCUGGCGAACCCACGUGACUUCUUGGUGCCAGUAGCAUGGUAUGAGGACCGGAAAAUUCCAGGGGGCUACACAGUUAUCAGCAAGUACCAGGGGAAGCUGUUUGCAGCCCAGCAGGAUUUCUCCCCCUUCAACGUUGUUGCCUGGCAUGGGAACUACACACCAUUCAAAUACCAUCUGGAAAACUUUAUGGUCAUUAAUUCUGUCGCUUUUGACCAUGCGGAUCCAUCUAUCUUCACUGUCUUGACAGCCAAGUCGACCCGUCCUGGAGUGGCAAUUGCUGACUUUGUCAUAUUCCCCCCACGAUGGGGGGUUGCCAACAACACCUUCCGGCCGCCUUACUACCACAGGAAUUGCAUGAGUGAGUUCAUGGGGCUCAUCAAAGGCCAUUAUGAAGCAAAGGAGGAGGGCUUCCAGCCUGGAGGGGCCAGCUUGCACAGCAUGAUGACUCCACACGGGCCAGACGCUGACUGUUUUGAGAAGGCGAGCAAAGCCAAGUUGGAGCCUGAGAGAGUAGCAGAAGGGACUAUGGCCUUCAUGUUUGAAUCUUCCCUCAGUAUGGCUGUUACUGAGUGGGGCCUCAAGACCUCCAACCGCCUAGAUAAAAACUACUACAAGUGCUGGGAACCUCUGAAAAGCCACUUCAACCCUAACUGCAAGUAAAGAGAUGGAUUUGUCUCUUGCAGUGUGUGAACAAAAACAGGGGAACCCAGCAGACCUAUACGUGGCAGCACAGCCAGCUCAGACAACAAGAGUGCAGAAUGGCACUUCCAGCAGCCACCAAGUUAAUAAAAUGACCAUGCCUAUAUAAUUUGGGAAAUGAAAUGAAAACCACUAUUUUUAGCCUUCAAGUACCCAAUUAAAGCUAUCCUGGUGCCA